AUGGCCUCUUCUCACGACUUCUCAACUUUGAGUUGGGAUGAAGUUCUUUCUAAACUUCGCGAAGUUGAGGACUUUUGCGCUAAGUGCGCCCUUAAACAAGAAACUCUUUUUGCUCGUUUCAACUCUCUUCCUGACAACUCUUCCGCCAAAUUCAGAAAAGGAUUUCGCUAUCCCCCUGUUGACGAUCAUCCAUCACAUGAUGAUCCAAUAAUUGAUAAUCUACCUUCUCUUCCAUUAGCUAUUUGGGCUUCUAAACACGAGGCUGAUCCCAAUAUCAUCUUAGAUUUAUGUACCCCUUCUACACGACGCACCAAUCGUUUAUGCCCUUCACAGCGUACUCCUAAAUUUCUUUGUAAACGCGUAUCCUCUAUGAUUUCCCCUGCAUCCUUUAAGUGCGCACAGAAAAUUAAGACAAAAUUGUCUUUUACGCGUCUGGUUUUAUCCCCUUCUACUAUACGUUUAUUGGUUCCACCUUUAUCAUGUCCUUCCGAACCUAAAAGUCCCUUUCAAAAUACAUUCCCAGACUCCUCUCUCAUUACUCCCCGAAUUUCAGCUUUAGAAGAUAUCGCUGAUUAUGACCAUAACGUCCCUUCUCCGGUCCUUUCUUUAAAUAGUACACCCGCGGGAUUUUUACUGGCAACUUCUACUUCAGCCCCCCUCCUUCAUGAUAAUGUACAGUGUUCAUCUUACACUUUCACUAUACGUACCAUCCUGGAUGGAUGGAUACGUCCUGCUCGAAAUAUUGGCUCUAACCGUUUAUAUUCUAUUCGCCGUGGCAACUGUUACUUUCUUUUGGACUCCACUCCUGAUUCGGAUAAUUGUUAUUCAAUUCAUACCAAUUCUCCUCUCCUUUCAACUACUGAUCCAUUUCAAUUUAUAUCUGACCCUUUAUUAACACAACGUGUUACCUCUCUUGCCCGUUGGUCAUCUUCUCAUCGUAAUAAUAGACGUACUAGUACCUUUAUUCAAUUUCAAUAUCAUCAAUCUUGCUUUUACCUUGGCCUUUAUUUUGGUUGCCCGUUUUGCAAGACUCCUGCUGCCUAUGUUAUGUCUCAAUUUCGUCAUGCUUGUCAUAUUCAUGACAGGAAACUUGUUCACACUCCUUCCCCUCCUCCUUCCCCUCCUUUCACUUUACCUUGUAAUCGUAUGUCCAAAAGACACGCUGAUGGUUUUUAUAAAGAUUCUAUCUCCCACCCUACGAAGAAACAACUUGCCCGUCAAGUACGCCAUAAAGACCUUUUAUCAGACCGGAGAAAAUUUUCACGACAUGUUGUUCACCCUGAUCUUCUUGACUCUUCUAUGUGGAUGGCCACUAAGGAUCAUGCUAUAGUCAUUCCUCCUACCUCCUAUAAUUUGACUAUAUCUACUACUGAUUACUCUAUUGUCCAGAAUAUACGUAAUCUUGUAUCCUCGCAUCCUGACGUUUCCUUCUGUUUGAAAGAACGUUCACCUCACUCUUCAGUUGCGUUUUUGCAAGCCAUUGUUUUGAAUCCUUCUUCUGUAGUUGCAAGCCAUUUCAUUACUGACAAACCCAUGUCUGGUCCUUUUGUUGGUCUGAACUGCCCUGUUAUUGAUUAUCAAAAUUUCAAAACUCUUGGCUUUAGUCGUUCCAUUAUUGAUAUGGUCCGAAGGAUACUCUCGAAUAGUGCUUCCAUUUAUGUACCUUCUCACAAUUUCCUCUGGUUAUUAAUUUCCAAGCACAACACUUCCUCGGUAUCAAAGAAGUUUCUUUGCGAUGCCAUCCAAUCUGUUAUCACCAAAUCGGCUUCCUCUUCGACAUUUUCACAUCUUUGGAAUAGUGAUACAAGGUUUUCUUUCAAACUAGGUCGUGUUAAACCUUGUGAUAUCUUAAUGUUAUUGGAUGUUUGUGCACCUUGGUUUGAUUCACAUCCUUACCCUGCUUCUUCCGAUUUCCGAACACCGUGGGAUUUACCCGCUGAUUUUCCAGAAUUUACACAUAAAACUUCGGUUAAAGAUUAA